AAGAAAUUUGAUUCAGUUGCUGCUUGAUGGGUCAGUUAAUACGUGGGUAGAAUGCGUGAUGUUAUAUAUAAAGAAAUAGACUUCCUCCAGCCUUGCUUUAAUAAUGAAUAUGUUGAUUACUCCAUCUUUAAUGCUGACCAAUUCACUCAGGAGUGUAAGAAUUGCAAAAAACUCCAUAGUUGUUUUCUCAGAGAGAACAUAACCAAGUUGUAUACCGCAAUAUUAUGGCUGGUGCUGAGAGACUUAGAAUAGCUG